AUGGAGCUGUAGAGACACGCUCAGAUGCCCGUGGGAACACCAGUAGAGGAGGAGUGCCGCCGCGGAGAAGAGCUCUGCAAUGAACAAGACCAAAAGGAAACCCAACGUGGAGAGCUCUGGUGUGCUAAAGAGCAGGAAGCUGGUCCAGCGGAGGAGGAAUACAUGUCCCAGUCCUCAGGACAUCAGCCGGGCCCUGCAGAGCCCCAGCUCUGCUCCCAGUGCCAGUGCUGCCAGUCUGGAUGAGCUCAUACAUCGCUGCCUAAACUGCUUUGAUUUAGAGGGAAAGCAUUCCAGCCCCAGAGGGUCCCAGCUGGUCCACAUGACCCUGAUGAUGCACAAUUGGGUCGUGCCAUCUCAGACGUUCGCCCAGAAACUUCUCACUCUCUAUAAGGAUUGUCCCUCGGAUAGGAGAGGACUGAGGCGGGCACAGAUCUGCCAUCUUGUCAGGCAGUGGAUCAGCCAGUUCCCAGCAGUAUUUGAGGCAGACCCCCUUCUCGAGCAGACUAUGGGGGACCUGUGGGCACUGGUCCGGUCAGACAGAGAGGAGACGCACUCGCAGCUCAUCGACACCUCCUGUCUAAACCCUCAUGCAAACAUAUCCCAGGCACCCUCACCUUCUGUGAAGAAGAGGAAGGUGUCUUUGAUCUUCGACCACAUGGAGCCAGAUGAGAUGGCUGAACAUCUCAGCUACCUGGAGUUCAAGAACUUCUGUACUGUUUCAUUCCUGGACUACCGCAUCUACGUGGUACGAGGCUCAGUGAGAGACAACCCUGCUCUGGAGCGCUCGGUCAUGAUGUGUAAUGGAGUCUCCCAGUGGGUCCAGCUGAUGAUCCUCAGCAGACACACAGCCCAGCAGAGAGCGCAGGUCUUCACCAAGUUCAUUCAUGUGGCUCAGAAACUUCGAGCUCUGCAAAACUUUAACACUCUAAUGGCGGUAACUGGAGGCCUCUGUCACAGCUCAAUCUCCCGCCUAAAAGACACAGCAAACCUGCUGACACCUGACAUCACUAAGGCCCUGAGCGAGAUGACAGAGCUUCUCUCCUCGAGGAGCAACUACAGCAACUACCGGCGGGUUUACAACGAGUGCAGCGGCUUCAAAGUGCCCAUCCUGGGUGUGCACCUGAAAGAUCUGAUCUCGCUGAAUGAGGCCCUGCCAGACUACUUAGACGAGGACAAGAUCAACCUGGGCAAGCUUCAGCACCUGUACAGCAACAUCAACGACCUGCUGGCCAUUCACAGCUCCACACCACCGUUCGAGGCCAACAAAGACCUUCUGCACCUGCUCACGCUCUCUCUAGAUCUAUACUACACUGAGGAUGAGAUAUAUGAACUUUCAUACACCAAGGAACCCAAAAACCCCAAGAUCCAGCCUGUAGCUCCAGUUAAGUCACCCGUAGUGGCUGAGUGGGGUUCGGGGGUCACACCUCGGCUCGACCCCGACACCAUAUCCAAACACGUCAAACAGAUGGUGGAUUCCAUAAUGAAAAACUACGACCAGAACCAGGACGGCUACAUUUCACUGGAAGACUUUGAGAAAAUAGCAGCCAACUUCCCCUUUUCCUUCUGCACUCACGAAACUGACAGGCAGGGACAAAUCAGCCGUGAAGAAAUCACCUCUUACUUCAUGAGGGGAAUGUCUAUAUGUGCUAAGCUGGGCUAUAACUUCAAUGACGCGCAUAACUUCCAUGAAACCACCUAUAAACGGCCCACUUUCUGUGACACUUGUGGAGGCUUUCUAUGGGGAGUCAUCAAACAAGGCUACCACUGUAAAGACUGUGGCAUGAACUGUCACAGGCACUGUAGGGAUCUAGUAGGAAUGGAGUGCUUGAAGAAACAUAAAAACACAACCGGGUCCUGCCCGUGCACCCCUGCGCCUGAGUCAAGAAGCAAGAACAGUUGGAGUUCAGAGGAUGAGACCUUUGUUUUCCCCCAAAGUAACGAGUCAGAACACAACAAGGGCACUUCCAUUUGGAAAAAUUACACCGAUGAUUCAACGCUGUCACACCGCUCCACUCAGACAGAUCCUGGAAUAUGGACACCUGAGAAAAAGGACAGGAGGGGAUACAUCCACAACUCUCUUGUACACGCAUCCCCAGAAAGAAGGGUCAACACGCUGCCACACAGAGCUCGAGGCUGCUCCAUGCCUGUGCCUGUUUCCUUCCUGCAGGAGAAGAUGGAGGAGCUGCAUCUCUACAAAGACAAGAGCAGAGAGCCAGACUGACCCCAAUAUCACGUUUAAAAGCCCCCCCCCCUCUUCCCCCUUCAACCCCCCAUCAACAAUGGACAAAAUAUCCAGAUGUCACCAUGUUUCUGACCAAGACGUGUCAGACUGGUGUUGAACUGAUGAAGUCUUCUGGACGUUCUCUUUUUGAACGCCAGCAAAGAUUUAACGAACUCCUUCGUGUUUCAAGUAUGGUCUUGUCACGUUUUAUGAUUUUAUUUUUUUGUCAGCCUUAUUAGUCGGACGUGUUAUUUAGGCUUCAAACAAUGGAUUUCCUACCAUAAUUUAUGAACACCUCAUUUGUCUCUAGAGCAAGUGCCUUUGGUUCUCUGGUGCUAAGAUUCUUCACAACCUCAAAACCGUGUGGUUUAUUUUGUCAACGAUCUACAGAAGAUGUAGGGAUAAAGGAUUUCCUGAUCUUAAAUACACACAUAUAUAAUAAAUUAUCCAGGGUAGGAAAUUAACACUAACCACCUCAACAAAUUCCUGAUAACUUUGGCAGCUAUAUUUGAAAACUCAGCUCAUAAAUUUGGGAACCAGCAUAAAAUUGUAAUUUG